AUGGGCAACAGCGACGAUGGAACGAGUGCGUCCGAUAUUAUCACCUACAUCGGUGUUCCGCUCGCUGUAUUGGGUGUUAUGCCUGUCCUUUAUACAUUUCUUGUCGCUAUAAUCACUCAGCAUCACAUCCGCCGAGAACUCCGUCGUAAUUACCUCAAGGCUGUUACGCGUACUUCUCUAAUGUCUGGCACCGUCGAAGUCGAACACCCUCGAUAUUCGAUACAGCCUUUACAAAGAGAUGACAUCGAAUACUGGAAAAAAUCGGACGAAAGAUCUGGAAUCCGCGGGGGUAGCUGGACAAUUUUCCAUUGGCAUAAAAUAGUUACGGGAAGGGUUCAUUAUCAUCUGCGACUUAGGGAAAGGAUGGUACAACCACAGGCAGAAAUUGAUUUUGAAAAAUUGGUGACAUUUUUGCUGGACCGAGGGGCAGUACCAGACGCGGAGGGCGUCAGAAUGCUGAAGACAAUGGGUUUACAAACACCUCGGAUGACGAGGCUGUUAACUACCUCUGGCUCGGCGAAGAGAAGUGUCCUUGUUGUCAGCAAUCCUGAGGAGGCAGAAGGACACCUAAGUCUCAGUCUCUUCUGGGCCGAUGAACUUGGUUCAAGGAACGAAGGUAGCUUACCUCCUUACUGGGCAAGACUUCAGGGCAGCGAAUUACUGCUCGAAAAGGCCGCGGAGCCAGCCGUAGAAGAGGAGCCAGCAGAGAUUCCGGACACAGCUGGUGAAUCUAGCGAAAAAUCUGGCGAUAUCAAGGCCGAUCCUCCAGCCGCCGAGAAAGAAGCCCCGCCACCUCCUUUCCCUGCGAUUAAUACACCAGCCCACUGGGGUGCUGAGGACUCGAAGUCCCGGCUCCCAGUUCGACUAUUCCUUGGAUCUACCGGGCUCGAGGAUGCAAAAAUCGAGACACUAGACGGAUCAGACGUCUACGGUUCGUUCCGCAUAGAGCAUCUUAAAUUUCAAUAUCCAGGAGCCACCUGCAAUAUGAACGUCUGGUUCGCCGCUGGUGCUGUGACAACCUUGGGGGAAUACCACAAAGGUCUGUGGAAGUAUUCGAUUCCGAUGGAUGUUAUGAGGUUCGCGCAAAAAGAUACAAUGCCGCACGGUACCCUUGUCUGGCUCGGACUUUUGGAGGAAGAAGACACCCCAAUGAUGGUCGCUCGAAGGGAAGCUAAAGUCAAAGCAUUCCACGAACAGAGGCAUAAAGAAUUUUUAGACGGGAUGAGACAGCGCGAGUUGGAGAAAAACAUGCCAGAGGCGAUGCGUCAACAAGCACAACGUUCACGGCAGAUGGCAAGUGCGCAGGCAAUGCUACAAAAGCAACGGGAUGAACAAAGAGAGCGACAGGAAGAGGAGUUCAGGAAGAAAGAACUCGCAUUAACGAGUCAUCGAGUCACGCAGGCUAUUGUAUCCGGUGCCUGUUUGGAAUAUCUCAAGAAGGAAGGCUAUGUGCCAACGUCGGUUAACGUGCAGCAGAUAUGCGAGGGCAUUCUUUAUAAAAUGCUCUUCGAAGAGGAGUUCGCAAGCAGAAUGUGCAAGGUAUUAGACGGGUGGAUGGGGUGGGGGGAAGUUGGUGUCAUGAACGACAGACAUCUCGAUGAGCUGAAGGAAGACGUUGCGGCAUUUUGCUUUGCCGGUGUGAUGUUGGGGGUUAUUGGGGAGAGAGCGAAAAGCGCUGAGACUUGGGCAGGUAGUGACCUCGCAGAAUGCCAAAGAGUCUUCAGAAGCGUUUACUUAGGGUGA